AUGAUGUACAAAUGUUCAUUCAAUGAUAUGCAUUGUUCAGUAAAUGACUUCGUUCCUUUUACAUCAUUCCUCUACGGUGCCUGUUAUACAUUCAAUGCAGCAUUGAAAAAUAAUACCAAUCGAAAUAUACUUUAUGCCAACGAAUAUGGUGGUGAUGGAAAACUCUCUAUAGGUCUUUACAUACAUAGUCAUCAAUAUGUGCCUCUUCUAACUAACGGGUUUGGUGCUAUAGCUCUAGUUCACGAUAAUACACAAUUGCCAAAUAUUGAAGUAGCUGGUAUUGAAUUAACACCAGGACAAAGACACAAACUUGGAUAUAAAAAGAAAACAACUUACUUAUUAUCUUCACCCUAUACAACAUGCACUAAAAAAAUAUCUCCAAAUAUGCAAGCCAUGUUUGAAUAUUACAAUAAUACUAAUUAUGGCUAUUCUGAAGCGUUAUGUUAUCGACUUUGUGGACAGGCCUAUGCUUAA